AUGGCCUCCAACGUUUCUUCGGCCGGAAUUACCACCGAUUCUACCACCGGCGAUCGCAUUAUUCCCUCCUCUAUUCGUGCAGAUGGCUCUAAGCGCAAGGAGAUCAAAGUACGCCCGGGAUUUACACCGCAAGAAGACAUCAAGCUUUAUAGGAACCGUGCCGCUGAGGCAUGGAAAAGCCGAGGAAACGGCAGGGUGCCUGGUGCGGAAGCUGUGAGCAGCGAAGACGACAGAGCCGCGCAGACCGCUACUUCAGCUACCAGCAACAAGAAUGCAAAGCGCAGGGAAGCUAAACGCAAAGUUAAGGAAGCCGGCUCAGAUGCUACGACAGAAAAGAAGGGUGCCGAAUCAGACAACUGGCGUGUCCCCGCCAAAAAGGAAGAGCUGCCUGCCGAAGAGCCCGUGGACCAAGAGGCCGAGCAGGAAAAGAAGGCCCGGAACCUCAAGAAGAAGCUCAGACAGGCACGGGAGCUACGAGACAAGAAGAAUGACGGUGAAUCCCUGCUUCCUGAGCAGCUGGAAAAAGUCAUCAAGAUCCACGAGCUGGUCCGCCAGUUGGAAUCACUCGGAUUUGAUUCCAAUGGAAACAAAAAUAUCACCGAUAGCAAGGAGAGUGCGUGA